CUGCUGGGACUGGGGAGGGAGGAGGGUCCUGCCUGUCUGCUCCGCUCCCCGGCUGGGGGGGACAGCAGUCCUGCACUCUGGGAAUGGAGGGGUUACAGCGGACUCUUUAUUAACCGUUCACCAGCCAGGGGCAUCGCGGCAACGGUCCCUGCUGAGGGAGGGCGUGCAGCUGUGCGGGAGCCGGGCUGCCCGUGGCUCUGCAGCUGGGACCUGUGGUAAUGUGGUGUGCGGCGCCGGAGCCCGGCGCCAAUUACUGUGGCUGCCGCUGCUGCCUGCCAGGGGAAGGGGGACAAAUAUGCUACUUCUACAAAGUUGCACCGUCGGGUGGCGCCUCUCCUCGGCUGGCGCCCCUGGCGAGUGCCAUCCUGGCCAAUAGGUAGAUACGCCUCUGAACAAAAGCUAGUAAAAAGCGCAAUUGCCCCCCAAAAAUACAUGUGGCACCCCAUCUGGGCUGCCAUGGAUAUUUAUGUGACUUCUGUGCCCUUUUCCCCCUCUACAAAAUGCAGCCUGGCUGAACGCUUUGUGACUUGCUGCAGGGAAAGGGUUAAAGAUAUGCUCUGUGCUGUAGCUGGCAUGCGCUGGGACAGUUAACAGCUGAGGGCUGGGACAGUUGGCAGUUGGGCGGCGGCCAUCUUAGAAGGACAGAGAGCAAAGAGUGGAGCAGCGCUAAUAGCUGCAUUGUGUAGGGAUGUUCCCGGUGACUGGAAGGAAAGGAGAUUGACGGCAGCAGCUAGGGGACUCUGUGAUCAGCUACGCAUAUCCCUGUGAGAAUCGGUGGAUGAUGGCAGCAGCUAGGGGACUCUGUGAUCAGCUACGCAUAUCCCUGUGAGAAUCGGUGGAUGAUGGCAGCAGCAGCAGAGACAAUUGAGGCUGUGUUUAGGGACAUCUUCUGGCAUCCAAGGACAGUGAUGAAGCUACUCACCUCCCAGUGUAGGAGGGUUAGGAAGCACCUCCUCCUUUAGAGCUGCAGCUGGUGAGCAAAGAGGACAGAUCACACUCUCCUAGGGCAGUAACUGUGACAGGGGGAUACAUUAGCAGGGGACACUGCCUAAAGGCUGCUGAAAGUAAGGCAGAAGUAAAUAGGCAUCACACUAAGUGAGAGAGACUUUGACACUACUUCUAAUAUCUGUGACUUAUAUGUUGACUAACAGCAGGAGACCCUUUUACCCUCCCCUACCUGGCAGGGUUGCUUUGUAGUCUACUAGUGCAGCACAAAGUGAGUUAAUAAAGCGUCCGCAUUUCAGGGAACAUAUUGAUACAGUAUUCAGCUGUUAUUGCCUAUGGAGGAGACCCAGAAACUUUUGGAAGCCCCUCCCUGCCAUCCUUCUAUAUGUAAAGUACAGUACAUUAAGGCUCAGAACUUGCUAAACUGGGAAAUGUAAUAAGGAACUUCUGAGUACUCCAACGAGAACUGUGUAACUGGCCAUAAGUAGUAUAUGGGGCCCCAGCGCUGAGAUUUGUUAUAUUUUAAUGCAUUGUUUUGUGUAAAACAUUAUUUAGAUUGUAUUUGUGUUUUGCAUUUAAAUUGGCUUAGAACAAUAAGGGUCUGAUAUGUCUUUGUAUAAUUUAAUUCUAACUAAGAGAAAUUGUUUGACUACCUUAUUGAUAACCAUCCAUUGGCAGGUUGUAUUUGUCUGUGCUGUGUGAGACUUCAGAUCAGCAAAUUGAGUUCCAGCAUAAUAAACUGAUUAAUUUUGCCUUUUGUAAGCGAUAUUGAAAAUUGUAUUAUUUUAUUUCAAAACUGAAAACUGUUUUAAUUGAGUCCACUUGUUUAAUGCAAGAUUCAGAAACCUUGUUACCACUUACUGAAGAAGCAGAAAACCCAUGCCAACAGACCAAUUAUUACUAGUAAGGCAUAUAUUCAAUACUCUACACUAACAUCAUACUUCCCUGGGUGUUACAUUUGGCGUCACUAAGAACAGGAUCCGAACACACAAUGUUAUCUGGAAAGCAAGCUGCUGGGGAUUCCUCAAGUACUCGUGCAACUAUGGCUAGCUCAAAUCCAAUAACCUUGCCAUAUUACUUUGGAGCCCUAUGGAUUCCGACAUAUAGUGGAGAUGCUCAAGGUUCUGAUGGGAACGCUCUGACUGAAUUUAAGAACAAAAUGGAGUCUAUGUUCCGCCUGUACCCACUGUCAGAGAUACAGCAAGUGGAGAUUCUAAUAGGGCAGCUGAAAGGCACGGCAUGGAGAGAGGUGACUUCAUGGCCAGUGGAUCAAAGAAAAACAGCAGACCUGAUCCUGAGCCGACUAGUUGCCAUGUUUGAUACAAGAACAUUGUCUGAUCUUAAGGUGGCCUUUUACUCAAGAAAGCAGCAGCCAGGAGAAACGUUGCGUGAUUUUGCACUCAGUCUACAUGAGGCGCUACGAGAACUUCAGGCCUCCGAUUCAACAGAAAUUCGACCAACAGACGAAAUUUUGAUUAAUCAAUUUAUAGACGGAUCCCAUGGUGAGAUUGUGAAAGUGCAUUUACGUUUACUUCAGUUACAGUUACCAAAUAGCUCAUUCUUGUGCUUCAAAAAUGCUGCCAUUAAACUGGUAGAGACAAUACAGAGGCAAGAACUGUCCUGUCCUGAGAUUCUGAGGUCCCAAGAAAAUAAAUAUUCUCCAGCAAUUGUGAAGCAGGAAAUCAUGGAUACACACAUACCAGAAGAAAUUGUUGUACAUGGUGAUCAGGCACCAAAGACUGAUAUAUUAAGUGCUAUAGGCAUACAAAUCGCUGAAUUGACCCAAAGGAUAACUGAAAUGUCACAGCAAUUGCGGUAUCUCAUGCAGCAACAAGCAAAGUGCGGAGAAGAGAUAGACUGGGGCAUCAAUGAAGGACAGCCCAGAAAUGUGGACCUUCGUCCUGUAGUCCAGAAUCAAAUUAAAGUUAUUGAAACACCAGCUGCAGACCCAGAGUCUGACGUUAGUCCAAGAAAAGUUAUAGGGAGAGUCGUUUGGUUUAACGUGCGAUAUGGCUAUGGCUUUAUCAAUCGGCAUGAUACCAAGAAAGAUGUGUUUGUGCAUUAUACGGCCAUAAAGAAGAACAACCCUAGGAAGUAUUUCCGAAGCCUGGAUAGCGGAGAAAUGGUUGAGUUUGAUGUUGUAAAUGGCAAACAAGGUCCGCAGGCAGCUAAUGUAACUGGUCCUGGUGGUGUUACGGUGCAAGGCAGCAGAUAUGUAGCAGAUCCAAAGUGUUAUUGGCACUAUACAUGUUACAGAGGUCCUCCACGUGAUUAUCAGCAAAGAUACCAAUGCAGUGAAUGUGGAGAUGAGCGUAAAGUAGAAGAAAAUGCAAAUCAACCACAGUCUGAUCGGAUCAGUUGCUACCCACCAUGCUAUUCAGAGAGAAUAUAUGGACACACACAACUAUAUACUGAUGUUUCACAGCAAAGUGAACCAUUGGGUCGCAUAGACCAGCUAAUUGUGGAGGAACGAGUUGACCCAGGGCAGCGGAGCCUGCAGGACAUAAUUGGACCUCAGCUGCCUCCAGACUCAGCAUGUGCGGGUGAGGCCAGAAUGGAGGACAUCGGUUCUAGUGCGGCCUACCUUGAUCAGGCAAAUUCAGGUGUAGCAAACCAGGAAGAGGUAACAGAGGAAGAGAUCCACAUGGCUAUAGAGAAAGACUUGGAGGUUUCCCCUAAACCCAGUGCAUCAGAUACAGCUAUGGUAACCUCUGAACUCCAAGUUCCUGCAAAAUCAUCUAAUGAAGCUAAGAAGUCUGUGACUUGGCUUUUCCCCGAGUGGCAUCGCAAAGACUGCGAAUACACCACAAUAAGUGGAGAAGAAUUUAUCUCAAUUUUACAACAGACAGUGAGAAGACCGGGAAAGAGGUCCAAAGGGAUUUCUUCCCAUUAGAUCCUGGCAAUAGAAAAUGCAAAAGUGAUUAUGUAACAAAAGUAUCCAUUUUAUACAAUAGUUUUGUAAGAAAGUGUAACUGGUUAAAGUGUUUAAAUGUUAUUGUUGCUAUAUGGCAAAUUGAUUGUGUCACUAAUAUUUAUGGUACAUUUGUGAAACUUAAAGUGUAGUCUUGAAAGUUAUAGCAGAACUUCUUAUAGUGUAAUUUUGUUUAAAUAUGUUGUUAUGUAUAAACUGUAUUUCAGUUUCAGAAAUGCAAUGCUCUUUGCUGAGGUUAUGCAAUGCGUGGGGACACGCAUAAUUCUAGUGGGCCAAUAUGUGGCACCCCAUCUGGGCUGCCAUGGAUAUUUAUGUGACUUCUGUGCCCUUUUCCCCCUCUACAAAAUGCAGCCUGGCUGAACGCUUUGUGACUUGCUGCAGGGAAAUGGUUAAAGAUAUGCUCUGUGCUGUAGCUGGCAUGCGCUGGGACAGUUAACAGCUGAGGGCUGGGACAGUUGGCAGUUGGGCGGCGGCCAUCUUAGAAGGACAGAGAGCAAAGAGUGGAGCAGCGCUAAUAGCUGCAUUGUGUAGGGAUGUUCCCGGUGACUGGAAGGAAAGGAGAUUGACGGCAGCAGCUAGGGGACUCUGUGAUCAGCUACGCAUAUCCCUGUGAGAAUCGGUGGAUGAUGGCAGCAGCUAGGGGACUCUGUGAUCAGCUACGCAUAUCCCUGUGAGAAUCGGUGGAUGAUGGCAGCUGCAGAGACAAUUGAGGCUGUGUUUAGGGACAUCUUCUGGCAUCCAAGGACAGUGAUGAAGCUACUCACCUCCCAGUGUAGGAGGGUCAGGAAGCACCUCCUCCUUUAGAGCUGCAGCUGGUGAGCAAAGAGGACAGAUCACACUCUCCUAGGGCAGUAACUGUGACAGGGGGAUACAUUAGCAGGGGACACUGCCUAAAGGCUGCUGAAAGUAAGGCAGAAGUAAAUAGGCAUCACACUAAGUGAGAGAGACUUUGACACUACUUCUAAUAUCUGUGACUUAUAUGUUGACUAACAGCAGGAGACCCUUUUACCCUCCCCUACCUGGCAGGGUUGCUUUGUAGUCUACUAGUGCAGCACAAAGUGAGUUAAUAAAGCGUCCGCAUUUCAGGGAACAUAUUGAUACAGUAUUCAGCUGUUAUUGCCUAUGGAGGAGACCCAGAAACUUUUGGAAGCCCCUCCCUGCCAUCCUUCUAUAUGUAAAGUACAGUACAUUAAGGCUCAGAACUUGCUAAACUGGGAAAUGUAAUAAGGAACUUCUGAGUACUCCAACGAGAACUGUGUAACUGGCCAUAAGUAGUAUAUGGGGCCCCAGCGCUGAGAUUUGUUAUAUUUUAAUGCAUUGUUUUGUGUAAAACAUUAUUUAGAUUGUAUUUGUGUUUUGCAUUUAAAUUGGCUUAGAACAAUAAGGGUCUGAUAUGUCUUUGUAUAAUUUAAUUCUAACUAAGAGAAAUUGUUUGACUACCUUAUUGAUAACCAUCCAUUGUCAGGUUGUAUUUGUCUGUGCUGUGUGAGACUUCAGAUCAGCAAAUUGAGUUCCAGCAUAAUAAACUGAUUAAUUUUGCCUUUUGUAA